AUGGCAAACUCACCCCUCAUUGUCCCAGGGGACGCCGGUAGACCGAUAGAUAGGUCGAAGCUGUCCUCCGCUGCAGCCUCGACCUCAAACACAGGAACAGGAACACCCGUUCAGCCCGGCAAUGGUGCCAAUGACCUAGCAGAGCAGAUGAACGAUGAUGAAAAAGCAAAAUACGUUAAAGGCAAGCAACCAACCAUCUAUCCCUCCCUCCCCUCUGUCAAUACCAGUCGCAAACUCGGAGAAGGAACCUACGCCAACGUCUACCUAGGUCACCUCCGCUCCGACCCGACAAAAUUCGUCGCCAUCAAGAAGAUCAAGAUCCAAAAAGAAUAUACCGAGGGCAUGGCCCCGGAUGCCAUCCGCGAGCUCAAGCACCUACAAGAACUCUCCCACCCCAACAUCAUCUCCCUGCUCUCCGUCUUCUCCUCCAAGGAUCAAAACCUCAACCUGGUCCUCGAAUUCUUGCCACUAGGCGAUCUGGAGAUGCUGAUCAAAGACACCGAGGGGGUGCGCUACGGAGCAGCAGAUAUAAAAGCAUGGAUGGGCAUGCUGACCCGCGCCGUCUGGUUCUGCCACGAGAACUUCGUGCUGCACCGCGAUAUCAAGCCCAACAACUUGCUGAUCGCUGCCGACGGCGAGGUCAAGCUAGGAGAUUUUGGUCUCGCAAGAUCCUUCUCCGAUCCUUACCGACUGAUGACUUCCAACGUCAUCACCCGGUGGUACCGUCCCCCCGAGCUGCUCUUCGGCGCCAAACACUACUCGGGCGCGGUAGACAUCUGGUCCGUCGGCCUCGUGUUCGCUGAGCUCGUCAUUCGCACGCCAUACAUAGCCGGCGACACGGAGGUCGGGCAGAUCAACCUGAUAUGCCAAGCCAUCGGCACCCCCACGGAAGACAACUGGCCCGGCGUCUCCAAACUACCCGAGUAUACCGUGCCCGAGCCUGUAGUGCCGGUUAGGGCCAAGGAUCACUACUUGCAGACCUUUGGCACGGCAGGCCACGAAGGCGUCGACUUACUGAUGAAGAUGUUGAUUCUGGAUCCGAGGAAGAGGAUUACUGGCAGGGAGGCACUCGGUCAUAGCUGGUGGGCUGCAGAUCCGAAACCGACGAAAAAAGAGGAGUUGCCGAUGAAGAAGGGAGGCGGGGAGAAGUUGGCGGAGGACCUGAAGAAGAGGCCCGGGGUGCUGGAUGACGAGAAUCGGGCGAAGGUGGCGAGGAAGUUGGAUUUCGCGAGUAUGAAGUAG